GCGAGUGAAGAGGGGAGGAGCGGGGGACAACCGCUUGUGUGAGCCCAGAAGAAGAAGCAGCAGCAGAAGCGUCAUCUUCAUCAUCAUCUCGUCCAUCACUGACAGCAACUCUUCAGGAACUCAGGACCCCUCUCCGACCCAGCAGUCCGCCAUCAUGAACUACCUGCGUCGGCGCCUGUCAGACAGUAGCUUUGUAGCGAACCUUCCCAACGGCUAUAUGAUGGACCUCCAGAGGCCGACCCCGCCGGGCUCAUCCACCUCUUCCCCGGCGUCCCCGGCCACCGAGCGACGACAACCCCCGAGCAUUCCAAUACAGACCCAGGGUACUGCUCCCAGCCCAGCUCCCGGCCCAGCUCCCGGCCCAGCUCCGGCUGGCGGCAGCUUCCUGAGCUCCUUUUCCAGCGUGGUGAAGAGCGCACAGAUGGCCCAGAACGUGGCGGCGGCAGCCCACGCCAAGUCUGCUGCGGCAACAUCUGCUGACGGAGCAUCAGCGGGGAACAGUCAGCCCUCUAAGCCUGUCGUUCGUAAACCCAAAAUCUUGCUGGUCAUAGAUGACGCACACACAGACUGGGCCAAAUACUUCAGAGGCAAGAAGCUCAACGGAGAGUAUGAAGUCCGUGUUGAACAGGCCGAGUUCUCUGAGAUCAACUUGGCCUCCUACGUCAACUCGGGCUGCACUGUGGACAUGCAGGUCAACAAAUCUGGAACAAAAGUGGUCAGGUCUUUCAAGCCAGACUUUGUCCUGGUUCGCCAACACGCCUACAGCAUGAUCCCCGGAGAGGACUUUCGGAAUUUCGUGAUUGGCCUGCAUUUCGGGGGCGUACCGAGCAUCAACUCCCUCAAUUCUAUCUACAACUUCUGCAGCAAGCCUUGGGUGUUUUCUCAAAUGAUCAAGCUCUACCACUCUCUGGGAGCGGAGAAAUUCCCCCUGAAUGAACAGACCUUCUAUUCCAACCACACACAGAUGGUCACGACCCCGUCCUGUCCUGCGGUGGUAAAGAUGGGCCACGCGCACUCCGGGAUGGGAAAGAUCAAAGUGGAGAACCAACAGGACUUCCAAGACAUCACCAGCGUGGUGGCGCUGGCCGGAACCUAUGCCACCACAGAGCCUUACGUGCAGUCCAAGUACGACAUCCGCAUCCAGAAGAUCGGCAACAACUACAAGGCAUACAUGAGGACGUCCAUCUCUGGGAACUGGAAGGCGAACACUGGCUCAGCCAUGUUAGAGCAGAUCGCCAUGACUGACAGAUACCGUCUGUGGGUGGACUCGUGCGCCAAAAUGUUCGGCGGCCUGGAUAUCUGCGCGGUGAAGGCCGUCCACGGAAAGGACGGCAGUGACUACAUUAUCGAGGUGAUGGAUAGUUCGAUGCCCUUGAUCGGGGAACACGUUGAGGAGGACCGACAGCUGAUCACGGAGCUGGUCCUCCACAAGAUGGCGCAAGUGCUGCUGGGAGUUUCCGCACCUCAACCCUCCUCCUUCAAGAUCUCUCAGCCCAGAAGAGGGGGCCACCGCUCUGCCUCUGCCUCCCCAUCCCAGUCCGCCCAGGGCUCCCCUCAGCGGGCUAGAUCGGCCAACACCUCCCCCAGUCAGGCCUUCCAGCCCGGACCCAUCCCUGCUCCCUCCGGACCCGGAGCCCACAAACAGUCCCCGCAGCUCAACAAGUCCCAGUCCCUCACCAACACCUUCACGGAGACUUUGCGAGGAAGCUUGACCGACGACGAGGCCAAAGCUGAGACCAUCCGCAGCCUGCGACAGUCCUUCGCCAGCCUCUUCUCAGAUUAGUCUCUGUUUACUUCCUGUCAGGUUCCAACCCGGUUCAACCACUGCUCUUCUCUCACGUUCAAUAGCUCCAUAAAUGUACCACCAGAAAACCCCAAAUUAUCCUGCCCUAUGCCUGUGUUUGUGAGUGGUGCGCCAUGAUGAGCUGAAGUCCUGUCCAGGGUGUCCCUUUCUCUCGCUACACUCCCCCCUCCCAGUCCCCUCAUUAAGGGAAUACGUUGUUUGCGACCUAGCACCAAAGGCAAUGAGAGUUUAAGUCCUAUUCAGGAAAGUGCUCGCCCAGGUCUCACUUACCAACGGUGGCGCCCUGGCUCCCUCACAGUGAUGUUCAAGUAUUUGAGACGUGAUGUUACGGAAAGGUUGCCAGACCGCUACCCGAUAGUUUGUGUUUACGAAAGUCAUCAGAUUCAUUUGCAAAGAAUCUAACACCUUUCGGUGUUAUGUUUGCGUCUCAGUCUGAUCCCGACCCUGCUUCCCACUUCCGGACGUUUCAGCUUCACCACACUCCCGUAUUUUCUGGUGGUAUAAACCCAAACUGUAAAUGAUCUUGCUCGUGCCGUUGCUUUACGUCCGUCUGUUCAGUACGCGUUGCAUCCACUCUGCAUUCGGCGAUAUUUCUACCAGCAGACUCCUCAGACGUGCGAACAGCCACGUUCAGCCCGAGCGGACGACCAAAGUGCUUUUUAAGUGAACUGUAAAACAACUCACACUCAGAGUCUAGAAAUCACCAACUGAUGUUUGUGUUUUCAAACACAGGUGCGAGCGUCUCAGCGGCUUCAGUCUUCCGUCACUGCGCAGAUCUUCCUGCCGGUUUCUCAACAUGAUUUGAGGUCACGUGUCUUUCACUUUUUAUUGCAGCACAGAUAUCCAGCUUGAAAACAAGAGUACGACAUUUUAGGUUCCUCCAUGCAGGGCUGCAUGAUAUUGUUGGACGCUAACUGCUGAAAUAUUUACAAACAUGGCUGAAGUAGUUUUAAUCCGUUGGAGACUUGUAACAUGAGCCAAUGCUAGGCUAGGCUAACUGUGCUGGUACCUAAGCUGCGCGCCACUUUUGCUCUUGAUGUGCAUAACAGAGUUGAAAUUCUAAACUAGGAGAAUGAGCUUUACAAUGCGUAAUGACCAGGCUCUAAACACAGAUCAAACCCUCCGCCAACUCUAUUGUCAUCAUUAGAUUAUUAUUCAUUAUUAUUAAAACUAGACACCUUGGAGGGAGACAAAUUCAUACUGUGUUGAACCUCUAGGCUUUUGCAACCGUGAUAGUUAAGCUAGCUCAGGCUGAGGGUACUUGCUAUAUUGAAAUAAUUCCACAAUGUUACGGGCAGGAAUGAAGUUUUUCAGGCAGUUUUUGUUGUGUACCUACAUAUUGUGCAGCCCUAUAAGCAACAAAACGAUUUCAAAAUAAAAGCUGUAGCAACCCUUCAGUCCAAGAAGUAGCCCACACUUUUCCUGGUUCAUGAAUUGAUCAUGAUCAUGAACUUGGAUUGUGUUCAACGAUCAAUAACGCAAAUUUCUCACCUAGCUAUCUCGCUAGCGCGACCCAGUUUCCAUGACCUAUUCACUAUUCUCUUUAUUUUGGGAUCAAACGUGUACAAAAAAGUUGCCCCAAAGUCAACUGCAUGAAGAAAACUACUCUGUGAAGUGUUGUGUGUGUUUCCGUAAGCGCGCGGUUUCAUAACGGUUUUCCAGCAUAUCAGUAAAUAUGUUCGCAAUAAAUCUGUUCUCAACGUGUGUAUUUAAUUUGAGGUAAUGAGACUUGAAUCUGUAGUAAGAGGCUACCAAUGUGUUAUAAGCCGCAGCAAAUGAGAAUCUGUGCUGGUUGUUACUUGCGCUCGCUGACGCUUGUGAGUCGUUGAAUCAAUGUUUGGUAUGAUUUUCUUCUACACUGUGUAAAAAUGGACAAAAAUCUGCGCGACUUUUGUCUUGACAACAAAGAUGUCGGUGUGAUAAGCCAUAGAUCCGUCGAUGAGAUUAUGAGCCGCAAUAAUGUCGCUUGUCACGGCUGUUGUCACGAGCGUGAGGCUGACCUCAACUCCAAAACUAAACCAACGGGUCUCGUCCGGUGCUACUUGCAACUCAACGUUAGCUUCCGAGUCACUUUGAUUUGACUAGGCGACGCGGAGAAGCUGAGCUGUGAUGGCGACUCACAGUGAGAGUACAUGGGUUUGAUGCCAGAUUCUGCUCUGACUUUUGCGUUGCAAGAACAACCUGAAAUGACCUAGUGAGGGAACAUCACCUUAAGAGCAAGCUUUGAGCCAUGACUGAGAUCAGGCGCAUAUAUUCCAUCCUCUUACUGUUUUGAACCUCAUGAUCAGGAAGUAGCUGGGAAGCCACUGCGUCUCUGGUUUUUCAUAGGUUUUCAACUGUGAGGUCAUCUUACUGAAUCAUAAAAUCUCUAGGGGUCACCAUGGAGACGAUUGGACAGGAUGCGCCGCAGUGCUUUCCAGCACUGUGUAAAGAAGAGACGGAAUAUCCCCAGUGCUUACUUGGAUUAGAGAGCUGUGGUCCAGAUAAAGGGGCUCAUACUUCCCGGAUGCGGAAUACUCCUAGCUUUCCACAGGGCUAGAGAGUGGGCCUCUGCCCCAGCGAACUGAGUACCGAUCGAUGAGAUUAUUUUUCCUCAUUAGAUGCUCCCAGACCAACCACAUAUCAACAAACAAUUGUGUACCGUAGACCAGCUGGACCACAGUCUCGGGCCAAUCACAGCUCAGCUUCUGCCCUGAAACACCUGUGCAACAUCUGUGCUCAUUUAAAGCCUAGUUCACUCACGAAGGUCCGAUUUUUGUGAGCUUCAUCUUUACAUGUGGAGUGCUGACCAUGACCCUCCGCGAGUCAAAGGUCAAGAACAGCAGGACUAAAUAUGCAGCCUCAGCAUCAGCUCCAGCCUGAGCAAGUCAGCCUUUGGUUUCUGUCAGUUUUACCGCUGACAAGUUGUCUCCAGUGUUUCCAGUGCUCCUCUAGUUUCGACGUAAAUGUGGCAUGACGAUGACUCCUCUGCUGUGCCUCAGGUGUGUGAACUUGGUCGUCACGUGAACUCUCAGUGUCUGGCUGCUUCUUUGUACAAAAGUGUGAUGCAUCUCAUGUCUUUGGUUUUCUGUACAUUUGGUCUGAAAAUAUUCUGUUAUUAAAACU